UGUUCCUUCCUGUAUGUUCACUGGUAGCAGGUUCCAAACAGACAGCUGACCUCCCCCAGCGAUGAUAUCCCUUCCUGUAAUGUGGGCCUUCCGCAGUAGUGUGAGGUGCUGGCGACACCGGGCUGUCCUCAAAGCGGCUCCGGGGGCCUCAGACAACAGUGUUUGGCGCUGGUUCUCUUCCCCAAAUCGCAGCGGUGUCACAGGCAUGGAGGAGAUACUGACGAGGGUCGUCGCACCGUUACCUACAUACGAAACUAGAGAGAAAUACCCGCCUCCCCCCGAAUCAAACAGCUUAGACUUCAUGCGCUUCUACACAAGUCUCGACAAAGAAGACAAACACAACUUCCUGUCAAAGCUCUCCAAGGACUUCGGAGUUGACCACAAAAGCGCCACGGAGCUCGCCGUGAAGCUGCUGGACACUCAGCUGCGGGACCUGGCGACCAUUUUGCAAGUUGAAGACAGGCUUCGCUACAGCUUGACUCCCCGUUAUAAACAGCUGCUCAAUCACAUAAGCAAGGUCGAGGGCGGAGUGAAGUUUCUGGUAGACCUCCGCGCCGAUGUGCUUGAAAUAAUCUCUUCUAAAGGCAGCGAGAGCCCACACAUCAAGGACCUGAACGGCACACUGAAGAGCUUGCUCUCCGAGUGGUUCUCUGUCGGUCUGCUGCGCCUGGAGAGAAUCACCUGGCAGUCUCCGUGUGAGAUCCUGCAGAAGAUCAGCCAGUACGAGGCGGUGCACCCUGUGAGGAACUGGACUGACCUGAAGCGCAGAGUGGGGCCGUACCGCCGCUGUUAUGCCUUCACCCACGCCGCCAUGCCGGGAGAGCCUCUGGUUGUUCUGCAUGUGGCCCUCACCGAGGACAUUUCGGAUAACAUACAGAGUAUCGUCCGCGAGUUCUCAACUCUGGACUCGGAGGAGGACGUUAAUAAGAUAAAUGCGGCCAUCUUCUACUCCAUCUCCUCCACCCAGGCUGGUCUACAGGGUGUCGAGCUGGGCAACUACCUCAUCAAAAGGGUCGUGCGAGAGCUUCAGAGCGAGUUCCCUCACAUGGCCCAGUUCUCCAGUCUGUCACCCAUCCCAGGCUUUUCCUCCUGGCUCCUGGGUCUCCUCAGCCAGUACAGAAAGGAAAGCCGGGGCUCCGACCUCCUCUCCGAGCAGGAGUGGAAGGAGGUGGAGCAGGUCACCGUCUCGUCCUCGGGAACCCCGUCCGCGGACGCCCUCCGCAAGCUGAUCGGCACCAGCGAGUGGCUGCGCUCAGAGAGGCUGACCCGUGUCCUGGAGCCCAUCCUGAUGCGCCUCUGUGCCUGGUACCUCUACGGGGAGAAAAGACGGGGCUACGCUCUCAACCCGGUGGCCAACUUCCACCUUCAGAACGGCGCCACCAUGUGGCGGCUGAACUGGCUCGCCGACACCAGCCCGCGGGGCGUGGCGAACUCGUGCGGCCUCAUGGUGAACUACCGCUACUUCCUGAACGAGACGUCUAAAAACAGCUCCCUGUACCUGCAAAAUAAGGUUGUGGUGGCGUCGGAGCAGAUCGUCGGACUUGUGUCGCAGUUUCAGAAGAACAGCAAACUGUGAGGGAGAACAAAGACGAGGAGACGCCCAACAGAUGUCACAACAUGUGCACUGACUGAACUUUGUUGUCAUUUCAUUCAUCUUUCAUUUAAAUGGACAUUGGUUCAUCUUGUGUUUGAACUGAACUCGCGCUCGUCCCUUCUUCUCUACACUGAGAGUAUCGGCUUCAUCUUUGUGGCCCCCCGAUGCAUUUUUCCUUGCAGAAGGUGUUUGAUGUUGUGUAAGUGUUUUCCAGGCUGAGAGGGACUGUAGCUAAUGGAGCGCGAGACAUCCAUCAGCGCCUUUCUAUGUUCGUGGAUAACGGUGUGUAAUCGUGUAAAAAGUGAGUGCAAGCUACUGGAAAAAAAUGAUGUUUAGAUGCGUUGUGUCUCACUGCGAACACGUUGUAGAAUUUUGAUUAUUUUUUCUUUCUCUUUGGGUUUACACGCACUCGCUGGCGUGACGUCUGUGGAAAUAUUUAUUUCUUCUAAAAGAACUAAACGAAAGCUGCCUUGUC